AUGGUGCCAGCUCAGUGGUGGGCGCCUCUGCAUCAACUUCCAAAAUUGCCGGCCGACGAGAACCUCACCACCAGCGAAAACCGAUCUCUGCGAAAGCCGGUCUCUCACCACCUCCCGACGACGCCAUCCACAAUCGCCAUGCUGUCGCGACAAGUCUUCCGCUCCCUCAGAGCCGCUGCUCCUCAGCGUGCCUUUGCCGCUGUCCCGGCCCGGACCUUUGCUGCCGCUGCCAGCGCCGACGUCAAGGCCCCCAUUGCUGUCUUUGGCCUCGAUGGCACCUACGCCACUGCUCUGUACACCGCGGCCUCCAAGACUUCCACCCUCGAUGCCACCGCCAAGGAGCUUGCCAAGCUGGGCUCCAUCUUCGAGAAGGACUCCAAGCUGGUUACCAUCCUCUCCGCCCCGACUCUAACCCCCGCCGACCGAUCUGCCAUCGUGGCCGAGCUCAUCAAGCAGGCCGGUGCUAGCGGUCCCACCCUCAAGAACUUCCUCGACACCCUCGCCGAGAACAACCGACUGGGUCUCCUGAACGGCGUGAUUGAGAAGUUUGGCCAGAUUGUCUCUGCUGCCCGUGGUGAGGUUGAGAUGACCGUCACCAGCGCUCAGGCUCUUGACUCCAAGCUCCUGUCCCGUCUGGAGAAUGCCGUCGCCAAGUCUUCCUACGUUGGCCAGGGCAAGAAGCUCAAGGUCACCAACGCUGUCAACCCCGAUAUCAUUGGUGGACUCGUCGUAGAGGUCGGCGACCGAACCAUUGAUCUCAGCGUCUCCGCCCGCAUCAGCAAGAUGAACAAGCUCCUUACUGACAACCUGUAA